CCACCACUGAAGAAUGAUGGUUAGCCAAUCUUAUAUUUCGUCAGUAUCCCAAAUUUUGACUGUCAGAAUAGGAAUGAAAGUACAGAAUGAUCAGCAAAUCACUACUAAGCCCUAAAAAACACAUCGUAAUGUGAGGCUGCCUAUAGCAGGAAAUAGUGGAAAGAUUCAUUGUAUUAAAAAGUGUGGUUGCUAUGGAAACUGAGGGUAAGGUGAUUAAGUGCAAGGCAGCAGUGGCCUGGGAACCAGGAAAACCUGUCUCCACUGAGGAAGUGGAGGUUGCCCCUCCCAAAGUCCAUGAAGUACGCAUUAAGAUAGCAGCAUCUGGAGUAUGCCACUCAGAUUGGUCUUACCUGUAUGAGGCUGGUAAAAUGAGUCCCCGGCCUUUUCCUUUGAUCUUGGGGCAUGAGGGGGCUGGAGUGGUGGAGAGUGUUGGUCCAGGUGUCACAAAGGUGUCUAAGGGAGAUAAAGUUAUUCCUCUGUUCGUGCCACAGUGUGGACAGUGUGAACGCUGCCUGAGCUCAAAGACAAACCUCUGCACAAAAAACUGGGCAAAUACUCAACAAGGUGUUCUUGCAGAUGGCACUAGCAGGAUCACCUGUAAGAAUCAGCAGGUUCAUCAGUUUAUUGGUAUCAGCACAUUCUCUGAAUUCACUGUUGUGCCAGAAGACAACGUCACAAAGAUUCACCCAGACGCUCCACUGGACAAAGUCUGUCUUCUGGGCUGUGGAGUAGCUACAGGAUACGGGGCAGCACUGAAUGCAGCCAAAGUAGAAGCUGGCUCUACCUGUGCAGUGUUUGGUUUGGGAGCUGUCGGGCUGGCAGCUGUCAUGGGAUGCAAGGCUGCUGGUGCCACCAGGAUCAUUGCCGUUGACAUCAACCCAAAUAAGUUUGAGAUCGCCAAGACAUUUGGAGCAACUGAGUUUGUGAACCCAAAAGACCACAGUAAACCUAUUCAGGAGGUUCUGAGGGAGCUGACAAACGGUGGUGUUGACUACUCUUUUGAGUGUGUGGGGAAUGUGGGUGUAAUGAGGGCUGCUUUGGAAGUGUGCAGUCCUGCUGGGGGAAUCUGUGUGAUUGUGGGGUGGAUUGAAGUGGAGGAACUUACUCUGGCCCCUUUGGAUAUUUUGCUAGGAAGAACUCUGAAAGGCACUUAUUUUGGAGGUAAAGCACAUAAGUUUUCAAAAUGGAAAAGUUUAUAGAGCAAUAUCAGUUCAAUUCCCAGUAGCGGCAUACUUCAAUGAAUGUAUUAGAAAGUUCUCAGCUUAAAUCUAGCAAAUGUUUUUGUGUUUUCCUUUAUUAUUAUUAUUAUUAUUAUUAUUAUCAUUAUUUAUUGUAUAUUUAAGACAUUAUUCUUCGUGUUAUGUUACCCUGGCAUUAAUAUAAAAACUAGGCACCACUACUGUGAUGGGGUUUCCAAUACAGCUGCUGAGGGAGUGACAAUUAUUUCAGAAUCUUAGUCUCUUCUGACUACCAUAUUCUAUCUUGCUCAAUUUGUUUCCCUCUUGGACUGUUGUGGAAAUGUAAUAGUGGAUUUAUUUUUUAUUUUUUUAUUUUGCUGUUGGAGCAAAUAAGAAAUCAAAAAUAAUACGCUGUGGUCUCCCGUUUACUACUAUAGAAGUUUACUCCGCAUUUCAAACCUGGGAAUGUGAAAAGGGUCCAUCUGCAGUGGUUAUAGCCUAAUAGUUGUACUGCUAAUAUCAAUAUUGCAGGUGCAGCACCAGGUAGGUGUGAUUUUAGAACUGAUUUUGUAAUCCUACAAUCAACAUUGUGCCUUCGAGAAGGUUUAACCCAGGUAGUCUGGAUAGAAAACAUCUUUAAAAUGAAAAGUAACGACUCUGUUCCUCCCUUCUGAUUUACAGGUUGGAAAAGUGUAGAAGCUGUGCCCAUUUUGGUUGAGGAAUAUAUGAUUGGACGACUUCUGCUGGAUGAGUUUGUGACACACAGACUGACUUUAGAUCAAGUUAACCAGGCUUUUGAUCUCAUAGUCAGAGG